AUGAAACUAACUACUCUGGAUUGGGAGUUACCGUUAUUCUUCACACUGCUAUCACUGAUUCUUCAGAUUGUUGUCUUCUGUAAAGAUCCAAGGAAUUCAUUUUAUAGAAUAGAUUUAACAAAUUCUCCAUUAGAUAAAUUUUAUGAAUUUUAUCCAUCAAAUGAUAAUACAACUAUAUUACCAUUUGAUCAUAUUAAUUCAAAUUCAUCAUUAAUCAAGAGUUAUUAUUUUUCAUUUGGAAUUUGGGGGUCAUGUCCUGGUAAAAGAGUUACUGAUGAAUCUAAACCAGUUUUUGAACAUCAAACAACAAUUGUAUAUGAUCAUGAAUGUUUAAAACAGAUAUGGUCUGGUUCUUUCACAGGUACUUUAGAAUACAUUUUCUAUAACGCUAUUAAUACUAAGGAGUUAAUGGAUAAAGAUAUUUACUUUAACUUGAAGUUACCUGAUAUUUUCAAAAAAGAUUCUUCUAAAGAUGUUGAAGAUAGUUUAAAAGUUAGAUUUGGUAUUUCAUUUGGAUUAUUAUUUGCUGGUGGUGAGUUUCUAACUCUAUUAUCAAUAUUUAUCAUCACAAGAUAUUAUGUUACAAGGAAACUUACAUUCAUAAUAUUAUUUUCAUAUUUAACAUUUGUAAGUUUAUUCAAAUGGGUAUUAACAACAGUGGGGAUGACUUCUUUACAAAAACUUGCAAAUCAAAUGAGUGUUAACCUUACACAAUCUUUUGAUGAACUCAGAAUCUUUGUCAAUAGAUCAAAUACUGUAUUUGCACUAGGCUGGUCCUCUGUGGCUAUUGGUAUUAUAGAUUCUAUAAUAAUGGCAUAUUUAUUAUACAAAAUCAUAACAUAUAAAGAAUUACAUCAAUCAGAUGUUGGAUCUCAAAUAGAUUUUUGUGAUCAAUUUGAAGAAGUUUCAGAAUUUGAAAAGGAGAAGAACAAGAAAGAAAUGGAUAAUGUUACCACACCAACAAGUAAUCAUCAUAGUAUUUGGACUCAUCACGAUCUCUCAUGGGAUAAUAAAGAUGGGUUUUGGAACCAUUCUGAUCGGAGUAACAAUAUAUCCAGUGUAUAA